AUGUUCCAAUGGGUUCAGAGUGAGCGAAUGACUGGAAAGUUUUACAAGGGAGAAUUUGUGGACCACCUAGUCCCUGGUGGGUAUGUAAUAGGGAGAGAAUGGUUUGUCAAUUUAAAUAACAAAUCAAAGCUAAGGAUUGUCGAUGAUGAGUGGUAUGAACCAAGCAGUUCAGUGCCUCCAAUUGAAAUAAAUAACCUAAACACUCAAGUGUUCAACGACUCUCUGUAUACAGGAGAUAUAAUCAAUCCAAAAAUUGGUGACAUUAGAAUAACAUUUUAUGGGAGUGAGGAUGUCGAGUUCAGUGCCAUAGGUAAACAGACGAGCUCUCUAUUGGGAGAAUAUCAAUUAAAACCAAACAAAAAAAUGGUCCUAGUGGCUGCAAAAUUUUACGAUAAACAGGAAUUGCAGGAUUAUAUUUACAGCCAAAUUUCGAAAGUAAACAUAGAAAUAAUAAGAAUUGUUCUUAUUUUACUGCUAACUGCACUUGUUUAUGAAGAAAUUAAAUCUGAAAAGGUACACAUGUUUUAA